AAAAAUAGAGGUGCAUUUAUCCGUGUCGCAGCUUAUAAUCCAGUUCAAUAGAUCGAUAAUUCCUUACUGCGUGGAAUGGAUGACGAGUUGGAGGACAAGGUGCUGUACCAGACCUAUGCGUCCUACAUGAAAUUCCUCUCGAAGUUCGCCCUGGGAGUCCCCACGUUUAACUCCUCCGCUUCGUACAUGUGGAAGCUGCUGCGAUUAUACCUCACGAAGCCCGAGGUGAUCAUCUGCGGACUGCUGCUGGUCCUCCUCGUGGUCUACCUACAGGCAGUGGAGGUGUGGAGCCGGGACUUCGUGGGGCGCAUACAGAAGACGCUCGGCUACACGACAAAGGCCAGCAAAUUGCAGUUGUUGUCGACGUACUCGGAGAAGUUGAGUUGGGAAGUGAAGAAGGAUGCCAGUGCCUGCUUCGCCAUUCAGGGUAGGCGUCCCCGGAUGGAGGAUAGAUUUAUUGUCGAGGAAAACGUCAACAGUGACACGGGUAUCGCCCUCUUUGCCAUUUUCGAUGGACACGCUGGAGAUUACGCAGCCGAUUAUGCCAAAGACGUCCUCAUGAAGAGUGUUUCUCGGAAGAUCAUCGAUGCCCACAAUAUCAUCCUCGGGAAGCCUGUGGAGACGCCAGAGAAGAAGGUCGCCAAGGCAGAGGAGGAUGAGAGCAACAAGGAGAACAUCGCUGUGGACAAGAAUGCUGUGACGCCACUCGCGCAGAGGCGCUCCAGCUUCCGGAAGUCCUAUUCCUCGUUCACAGAGGACUGCUUGCAGAAGGGGAACUGCCAGCAGGCGGCUCCGGAGCCGGACAUCUACAAUCUAAACGCUCUGUGCCGACCACUGAACAAGGAGGCCUUCCUGGGUCAGAACGUGGCUGCCCAGAAGACGGAAAGACCGCAAGUGAUGGAGACCAAGUGCUAUAUAGAGAGUGGCAAGAUUAACUACGGCAAAUUGCUCACGGAUGAGGUUCUGGCCGCUGAUCACGAUCUUGUGGAGGCAGCAAAGAAGAUUAAAAAUUUUGCUGGCACAACAGCUCUCAUCGCAGUUCUCGACGGUACGAAACUCGUGGUGGCGAAUGUGGGCGAUUCUAGGGGUGUAAUGUGCGAUUCCAAAGGGAAUGCAAUUCCGCUGUCCUUCGAUCACAAGCCUCAGCAGGUGAGGGAGAAGAAGAGGAUCCAGGAAGCGGGUGGUUUUGUGGCCUUCAACGGUGUGUGGAGAGUUGCUGGCAUCCUGGCGACUUCACGCGCCAUGGGAGACUAUCCGCUGAAGGAUAAGAAGCUUGUUAUCGCCGAUCCCGACAUUUUGACCUUCAAUCUCGCAGAUCACAAGCCGAUGUUCAUCAUCCUGGCGUCUGACGGGUUGUGGGACACUUUCAGCAAUGAAGAGGCGGUGUCCUUCAUCAAGGAUCGCCUGGAUGAGCCCCAUUUUGGCGCCAAGGCGCUGACGAUGCAGUCUUAUUAUCGUGGCUCCGUGGAUAACAUAUCGGUUCUCGUGGUGGUGUUCAAGAAUGGCACCUUCCGCGUGGGGUCCUCGGGGUCUGACUGAACUGGGCAGCUUUUAACAUUUACCAGAGACUUGUUUUUUGCCUCAUUGGGCCCCAAAGUACGGACAAAGGCGACCGUACGAGUCAUUUAUUUUAUUAUGUAUGUUUAUUGUCACUCGGGAAACUCUUCCCGCAUUAUUUUAUCUCUCCUCGUCACAAUAUUGAAAGAAAAAAGAUUCGUAUAAUGUUAGGUAGAGAAAUUAGGGCACUUGUUUGUUUGCACGUAGUGUU